AUGUUAAAUACUUUUGUAAAUCAGGAUAAAUAUUGUAAAAAACUUUACAGACUACAAGCUGAAUUAAAUCUACAACAUCUAGUUAAUUCUCUUUCAAUUAAUAAUUUAAAACAAAGUGUUAAUCAACAAAAAAAACAGAAUGGAUUAAAAUUUUUAGAGCUUUUAAUAUCAACUGAAGAAUGA